AUGUUGACAAAGAAGCUUCCACCCCUGAAGGGUUUCCUGUCACUGGUUCCCAGACGUGCCAGUCACGUUGCCCGUCAGCAGUAUGACGUCAUUGUUGUGGGUGGGGGCCAUGCAGGGACCGAGGCUGCAGCGGCAGCGGCCAGAGUGGGAGCUGAGACGCUCCUGGUCACACAGAAAAUACAAACCAUUGGUGCCCUGUCCUGUAACCCAUCCCUGGGAGGAGUAGGUAAGGGUCAGCUGGUGAAGGAGGUAGAUGCUCUGGAUGGUCUGUGUGGUCGAGCAGGCGACUGGGCUGGGAUCCAUUUCUCCAUCCUGAAUCGUAGUAAAGGCCCCGCUGUGUGGGGCCCAAGGGCCCAGCUGGACCGCCAGCUCUACCGUGAAUUUAUUCAGUCUGAGCUGCUGUCCACGCCCAGGCUGACGGUGCUGGAGGGCUCAGUGGAGGAGCUGCUGGUAACAGAACCAAACCCAGAAGAGCCUGGACAACACAAAGUCACUGGGAUACGUUUGGCUAACGAAAGCCACCCGAUCUCAGCCAGCUCUGUGAUUCUUACCACUGGAACUUUCUUGUCCGGCUCCCUCUUCGUGGGCCAAAGCACGUCCCCCGGGGGGCGGAUUGGAGACGCUCCAUCGAGUCCUGGGCUGUCCCAGACACUGAGGGAGAGGCUGGGGCUAAGGACAGGCAGACUGAGGACUGGUACCCCUCCCAGGAUUCUGAAGGAUUCCGUAGACCUUUCCCAGGCUCACCUCCACCCCCCUGACAGUCAUCCUACUCCAUUUAGCUUCAUGAAUACACACACACGCUGCAAGCCUGAAGAACAGCUGCCAUGCUACCUGACCCACACUACUCCUGGUGUAGAGAGAGUGGUGAGGGAGAGUCUUCAUCUCAAUUGUCACAUACAGCAAGACACCAAGGGUCCCAGGUACUGCCCCUCCAUUGAGUCGCGAGUGCUUCGCUUCCCAGGCCGACAGCACCAGCUGUGGCUGGAGCCCGAGGGGUUCACCUCUGACCUUCUGUACCCUCAGGGUCUAUCCAUGACCAUGCCCCCUGACAUGCAGCUCCUCCUCAUCAGAGAAAUCCCUGCCCUGCACAGAGCUGAGAUCCACACGCCUGGGUAUGGUGUGCAGUAUGACUUUGUUUGCCCGACUCAGCUGAGCCCUGCGCUGCAGGUGAAGAGCACACAGGGUCUAUUUCUGGCCGGUCAGAUUAACGGCACAACAGGGUACGAAGAGGCUGCCGCACAGGGCCUGUGGGCGGGGGUGAAUGCUGCCCGCUUGGCGCUCUCCAUGCCUACACUGGCACUGUCUCGGACAGAGAGUUAUAUUGGAGUUCUCAUUGAUGAUCUGGUGAGUCGAGGCGUUACAGAGCCGUACCGCAUGUUCACCAGCCGGGCGGAGUUUCGAACCUCUCUAAGGCCGGAUAACGCUGACCUACGCCUCACUCUGAAAGGGUUUGAGGAGCUGGGAUGUGUGUCCACCUUGCGCUACCAGGAGGCUGUGAGAGUGAGGGACAGUCUGCAGGAUGCACUGGCAGCCCUCGAGGCUCUCGCUCUCUCCACAGACAACUGGAGAAAAAAGCUGCCCGACAUGCGUAUGAGUGAGGCCAAGUACACAACACUGACCGGUGGGAACAUGCUGCAGUACAAAGAUGUGUCCUUUGAAAUGCUGGCAUCUGCUUUCCCAGAGUGCCUUUCACCUUACAUGGAAUUCUCACAAAGACUUAAGAUAGAAGCUGUGUACAGGCCUCACUGUUACCUACAGAAGAGGGAGAUUGAGAGAAUUCAGAGGGAGGAGAACAUGUCUCUCCCACAGGACAUCGACUAUUUCUCUCUGCCAGUGUCUCUGUCUCUGGAAGUCAGAGAGAUUUUGGACAGAGUUCGACCGAGCACUCUGGGUGCUGCUACACGUUUGCAAGGUAUAACUCCAGCUGCUAUCGUCCAUCUCCUCCACUACACGGUACAGAAGGAGAAAAGAACGCACAGAAACCAAGCGGACCAAAAGGAGGACAGAGAGGAAGACAUGUGUGCAAGAAAUGCAUCUUUACCUCAGUGAAACAA